UGCGCGAGGAAAAAAAAAAAAAAACCAAACAUUCGUAGACCAAAACAAGGAACAGUGCUUCCGUUACUUGUAAGUGUACCGUCUGGUGUUCCUAAAACCUCAUCUCCCAGCAGAGGGUUUUAGAUGCCUCUUUCUCCGUCUGGUCGGAGGCUCGCCCCCCUUUCCAAGCUCCAUUGCCGACCAUAUAUCCUUUGCUAGCGUUGUCCAUUUCUCUUCAACUGUUGCUUAGGUGUUCUUCUGGGCAAUCUUCUCACCGCCAAGGAGACUAAAUCCUUUCUUGAAGUUUGUAAAUUGCUUCUGAUAUGCUCAAAAUAGGGAAUCGUGCUUGCUCUCUGCUGUUUAGGAAGCGCAAGGCAAUUACAACCUGUACAAUUCCAUUAGAUUUAGACCCUCCUCCUUCACUUUCCGAUGACACUGUCCUCAGCGACCAUAAUUCCCUUUGCCUCUCAUUGGUAGACCAGUUGAUUCUAAGGGGUCUGUUUCCGUCCGCUCAGAUCCUGACUCGACAAAUGAUCUCUAAAUCCCGUUCGUUGUCCGAAGCAGUUUCAGCUGUAGAUUUCGUCGCCAGUCGCGGAUUGCCCCUCGAUUUGAAUGGCUACGGUGCUCUCAUACAGAAGCUGGUGAGGUACGGUGAGCCCCGACUCGCCGAAGCCCUCUACCUUGAUAAUAUCAUUGCAACGGGUGUCGAUCCUAAUAUGUGUAUGUUGAAUUCUAUGGUGGUUUGCUUCUGUCGGUUGGGUAAAAUUGAGGAGGCGAGGGCCCAUUUUGAUAGGAUCAUUGCUUUGGACUCUGUUCCUACUGCGGCUGCCUGUAAUGCGAUUCUCAGGGAGUUUUGUGUUCAAGGGAUGGUUUUGGAGGCGUUUGACUACUUUAUGGGGAUCACCAGUUUGGGGAUUCGCAUGGGGCUUUGGUACUAUAACUCGUUGAUAGAUAGGCUAUGCUCUAAGGAGUACUUCGAUGAAGCAUUUGAAGUGUUUGAUAUAAUGCGUCAGAGGGGCUUCCGCGCUACCCUCAGACAGUACAAGUCUUUGUUUUAUGGUCUCUCUAAGAGAGGCCGGGUUAUUGAUGCUGAGUUACUAUCGGGAGAAAUGGAGUCCGAAGGGUUUUUUGUAGAUAGGAAGAUGCAUACAUAUCUGAUAUAUAAGUACGGCAAGGCUAGGAUGAUGAAGAUGGCGACUCGGGUUUUUCUGAAAAUGUUGAAAGUGGGAUGUGAGCCAGAUAUUUACACGUAUAACACAUUGAUUGACGGGUUUUGGAAGCGGGGCCUAUUUGAUAAAGGCUGGGCACUGUACAACCAAAUGGUGAACUUGAAGAUUGUUCCAAAUGCAGUGACUCAUCAUAUCAUGAUUUGCAACUACUGCAAGGAAGGGGAGGUGGAUUCUGCAUUAACUUUGCUUGAUAACAUGGUCAGUUCCAACUUAUCAUCAUGUGUCCAAUCUUACACAGUUUUGAUAUCUGCGCUAUAUAAGGCGAACAGGUUAUCAGAAGCAGGUGACUUGUGGAAAAAUAUGUUGGACAGUGGAAUUUUACCUGACCAUCUCCUAUUUCUCAUCCUAAUGAGGAUUUGCCCUAAGGGAAAGGAGAUUCAACUUGCCCUAGUGAUGUUGCAGGCCAUUGCUGUGAAUGGAUGCAAAUGUGACCCUCUUGAGCCUCUCGAGGAUUUGAGGCACAAUAUCAAGUCUUUGCUGGGGGAAAUUACAAGGAAGGACCUGAAGUUAGCUAGUAUUGCAUUUGGGAUCUGCAUAAGUGCCCUUUGUGAGUCCGGGGAGAUCGACACUGCUUUACUUUUCUGGGACAAGAUGAUCACUGUUGGUGCCCAGCCUCUUUUGUUCACAUAUAAUUCUCUGAUAAAGUGCUUGUGUCAAAAGGGUCUCUUUGAGGAUGCCGAGUCCUUGGUUUGCCUCAUGCAGAACAAGGGCAUUCUUCCCGAUUUACACACCUACUUGAUACUGAUAAGUGAGCUCUGCAAGCAAGGGAACUUGGAUUCAGCCUUCAGUGUCUUAGACCAAAUGAGUGAGAGGGGCCUGAAGCCUGAUGUCGCCAUUUAUGAUGCCUUGAUAGGAUGCUUAGGCAGAAAUAAAAGGGUCUUUGAGGCCGAAGACUUGUUCAAGAGUAUGCUCGAGGCUGGCCUGGACCCCGAUGAGAUUGUGUUCAUGACAAUGAUAAAUGCAUAUGUGAGGAGUGGGAGACUUCGUGAAGCAGGUGAACUGUUUGAUAAGAUGGUGGAAUAUUCUAUUCGCCCUAGUUCAUAUUCCUAUACAGCUCUGAUAAGUGGCUUGGUGAAGAAGAAUAUGACGGUGGAGGGAUGCCAUUACCUUGAUCAGAUGAUUGUAGAAGGCCUCGAGCCAAACAAAGUGCUCUACACCUCUUUCAUCGAUCACUUCUUGAGGGUAGGGGAAUUUGAAUUCGCCUUGAGGAUAGUCGAUUUGAUGGGCAGGAACCAGAUUGAGUCUGACCUCAUAACUUAUAUCGUUCUCUGUAGUGGGGUAUGUAAACACAUAACUGGCAUAAGGAAAAGGUGGAAAUUCGUAAAUAAGACAUCGGCAAGGGCAAGAGACAUGCUGUUUUAUUUGCUUCAGCACAGGAGUUCUGCUCCUGACCCGAGUUUCUUGAGAAUUCCUGGUAAUUGUCCCAAAGAAAUGAAGUCCUUUGCAUUGAAACUGUUGGAGAAAGUAAAAGAUAACGAGUUCAUGCCCAACCUGUACCUAUUUAAUGGCUUAAUCUCAGGAUUCUGUAGAGCGAAUAUGAUGGAGGAAGCGUACAAUCAUCUUGACUUGAUGCAAAGAGAGGGAAUAUCUCCCAAUCAGGUGACAUUCACUGUUCUAAUAGAUGGGCACAUUUGCAGAGGAGAAAUUGAUCAUGCAGUGAGCGUCUUCAACCAGAUGAAUGCUGAAGGUUGUUCUCCUGAUAGAAUCGCGUGCAAUACUCUGAUAAAGGGUCUUUGUAGAUCAAAGAGGUUAGUGGAUGCACUUUCUCUCUCUCUUGCACUACAGAAGAGGGGCUUCUUUCCGAGCAAAUCCUCCUAUGAGAUGCUGCUGAGGAAUCUGUGUGUGACUGAUAUGAACAUUGAGGCAUUCAGAGUGUUUGAAGAGAUGAUCUCUAUUAGGUGCAUCCCCAACCAUAAAACUCGGAGUUGGUUGCUUUAUAACUUGUGCAGAGAUGGAAUGAUGGGUGAGGCUCAGAUAGUAUAUGAUUUCUUGAUCAAGAAAGGAAAGUCUAUGAAUAAGGAAGUGGAGAGGUUCAUGGUUGAGUCGGGUUAUGGACGAGGAGGUGGAUAAAAAAAUUCUCACUUGGUCUUUAAUGAAGCCAAAAACGUGCUUGCUUGUUAAGGUGGAAAUUUUCUCUGAGAAGCUGCAAAAAUCUCGAGGCCGACCUUGACAAAGCACAUCCUUUUAUAAAGGUCUUUUAUGAAGGAAAUGACCGAGUCUUCAAUUGUGGACUCUGGUUUUUCAAAGAAUAGUUGUGUUUCCUGCAUGGACUAUCUGAGAUAAUUGAUGCAGGCUCAGUGCAUUGGGUACUGGCAGGUACAAACCCAAGUACGAAGUGGACUCUGCAGCUCCUCAAAGUUGAUGAAUAGGGGAUGUAACUAAGGCAGGGUAUGCCCUGUCACUACUGAUGUGAAUAGUCUUCUCCUGCUGCAUUCCUUUUCAUAGAAUGGACAAGGGAAAGGCUCAUAGUCCAAGAUCUAC